CUUCAACGUAUUAGCAAUCGAUAAACCAACCUUGAUGCCUCAGUCGCGAACCUCAUUCCUUGUCCGACUGAGAUGCCGGUGACAUCUCUAGACCUCCCCAUUCUCGCCCGCUUCCUCUGCGCCGUCGAAUCCACCACCGGCAUGCCACCUCAACCCCUCGAUGCCACGCCUGAGCAGCGCGAAGCCGCAGCGCAAGCCGCUUCUACGGCAAAGGAGUUGCCAAAGGGAGUUGUCCUAGGGCCCGAUGGGAAGCCUUGCCGCACUUGCACAUCGGCGGCAAGCUGGAAAGCCCUGACGCAGCGUGCUAAACACUCGACGAAUACAACGACGAGUGCAACUGCAUCCACAACUACGAACCCCACCACAGCAGCAGCAGUAGCAUCAUCAUCAUCCUCCGCACACCCAACAACAUCCCAAACAACACCCUCAAGUCUCUCCACCUGCCCGCCCGACGUCGACCAGCUCGGCCGCUCAACCUGGACACUCCUACACAGCAUAACGGGCGCCUACCCAGCCUCUCCCUCGCCCACCCUGCAAUCCGAGACCUCAACGUUCAUCCGCACAUUCGCAAAGCUGUAUCCAUGCUGGGUGUGCGCGGACGAUUUCCAGGCCUGGAUGCGGCGGCCGGGCAACGCGCCGCGGGUCAGCAGUCGGGAUGAGUUUGGGCGCUGGAUGUGCGAUGCGCAUAAUGCGGUGAAUGAGAAGCUCGGGAAGGAGAGGUUUGAUUGUGCGCGGUGGGAGGAGAGGUGGCGGACCGGGUGGAGGGAUGGGAGUUGCGAUUGA